CUUGCGUCUCAUCCAAACUUAUCUUAUUUGCAGCAAAGUCGAAAACUCUGUGCAACACGACAACUGUUAUUUGUUCUUAAGACUACCUUCAUAAACAAUUUUAAAACUCACCACUCAUCAUCAUGUCGCACGAUGCUGGAUAUCCCAGCGCGCGCCGACCCCGCGAGACUUUGGGUACGCUCAAUGCAAACACGGGAAUCCCAGCGCCAAACUCAACAAUGAAACGCCCCAACCCGAACAAUCCUGGCUUUAGCACUGGCAGCCAUGUACGAACCACAUCUGGAUCUAGGCAGUCGCUUGCAGGCAUGCCGAGGCCGAGCCAGCCCUUGUUCCAAAGAACCUCAUCCGGUACUAACCUCGUUGAUGCCGGUUUGGCAUCCGUACGGCGCGCGUCUAUCAAUCCCCGCGGAGGAUUUGCAGGCACUGGUAAUAAUGCCACGACUAGAAUAUCGACCGAUGGUGACCGACGAAGCAGCAUCUUCCGGCCACGACAGUCUACUAUUGCGCCCGUGACACACCAAAGCUUCUUCCAGACAACACCACAGCCGGCUGGUGUUCCGCGAGACCCUAGACCACUGCGAGAUCGUGCAUACCAAGCCAAGAUUGGCCAAGAGCUGUUGGACUAUAUGGGCAAGAACAACUUUGAGAUUGAAAUGAAGCAUGUUCUCUCGCAGAAUGUGAUGCGCUCACCGACGCAAAAGGAUUUCAACUACAUGUUCCAAUGGCUGUACCAUCGCAUCGAUCCUAGCUACCGCUUCCAACGCAAUAUCGACCAAGAAGUGCCUCCGAUUCUAAAGCAGCUGCGCUACCCGUUUGAGCGCAGCUUAACUAAGAGUCAGAUUGCUGCUGUAGGUGGUCAGAACUGGAGCACAUUCCUGGGACUGCUACACUGGAUGAUGCAGCUGGCAGAGAUGCUAGAAGGAUACUCCAGCAACCGAUACGACGAUGCAUGCGCCGAUGCGGGAGUAGAUAUCACCGGCGACCACAUCAUAUUCGAUUUUUUGAGCGGAGCCUACAGAGAUUGGCUUGCCAUGGAUGAGGAUGCCGGAGACGAGGAUGCUGAGCGUGUGCUAGCACCACACGUAGAGGAGAUGGCGGAAGCAUUUACCAGAUCGACUGCGAAAUAUACCCAAGAGCUGGAAGGCUUAGAAGCUGAGAAUGCCCGUCUUCUGAAAGAGAUUGAAGACCUGGAGCAGUCGACGCCAGAUCCAGCAACCUUGGACGAUCAUUUCAAGAUUAUGGAAAAGGACAAGGCCAACUUUGAGGAUUAUAACCAUUUGGCUACCCAGCGAUCCGAGAAAUACGAACACCGCGUCGGAAUUCUUCAAGAAGAGCUUGAGAAACUACAUGGAGAAAUCAAAACCGCCGAGGAGGAGCGACGCUCCCUCCAGCAAUCCGUUGAUGCCAUUGGUAUCUCCAUGUCAGACAUUGACAGAAUGACGUCUGAGCGUGAACGUCUUCAGAAAGGCAUUGAAACAUCUAGCCAAAAGCUAGAAGAACUGAAAAAGCGUGCAGCGGAAACAGAAACAGAAGCUAGCCAGAGACUGGACCAGCUCGGUCAACUGGUCGACACCUAUAACACGCUAGCGUACAAGAUUGCUCUCAUUCCCGCGAGCGCGGCUAAUGCAAAGGGCCGUGACUUUGAGUUACGAAUCACCAUCAACAACAACUCCGAAUUCACAACAUCGAACAUGAAUGGCCGGUCGACUGACAGACUGCUGGCUGACUCGUCAAAUGGCUAUCAGCCUGGCCAUAUUCUGAAUCUCGACCUCAAGGGCCAGAUGCGCAGCAGCUUCUUGCAGCUACGUAAAGAAAUUUCGGAACGCCGUAGCGCUGCUAUGGAUGAGAUGCUAAAGGAUCACGAGCUCCUCGACGGCAUUAAGGAGGCCAUUGAAGAUAAGCGAAAUGAAGUCGAGGCGCUCAAUCAUCGCGUGCGUGCCGCCGAGGAGGAGCAUGAGAAGACUCGCGAAGUUACAAACACACAAAAAAUGGGGUCGGACGCCCAAAUCGAGAAGAUGGAAAAGGAUCUAUCUCGUAUUAGGGCUGGACUGAGCGAAUCUGUGCAGCUCCUUGAGCAACGUGAAAUCAACACCACAAUCGAGUAUGAACAACUUCUCGUCAAUGCUGGUGCACUGCGUGAAGAACUGCAUACGGAGAUUGACCGCAUGCUGAAUGACGUGAUCAAAUUCAAGAUUCACAUUCAGAAGAACCUCGACGAUUACGAAGGCUUUGUUGCCGAUGAACUGGAAAAAGAACUCGGAGUAGAUGAUAUGAACGAUGAUACCCGCCAACUGGACUUAUAGUAUGACUGUCUUGAUUUUCUUCUUUAAUAACUCUUUGGCGCUUGGCUGGGAUGGGAAGGGCAAUGAGUAUCUGGCUAGCAGGAGCAUAACGGCGUUGGGCUUGGGAAUGGUACAAGAUAAUGAUUUCUAACGAUUUUAUUUUAACAUCUUUACACAAGGUUUGACCAAUAAGACUCUAAUGAAGUGUAUCUGUUUUUUUCGCGUCUCUAUGCCACGUUGCGCCUGCAUCUUAGCCAUCACAAAUUGUCACCAUCGAGGUCCCAG